AAACUAAGCAACGCAGAAUCAACAAAUUCUUUCCUUGUGAACCUUCCAUGCUGUUUUUUCGUCUAUUUGUGACUACAGGGAAGAAAUUUACUUUCUUUCCGAGGUUUCGAUGAUGACUAGGUAAAACCCACUUAGUAUAUCAACUAAUCAAACUCUCUCGACCCUUCAUCGUCUCAUCUUCCUUUCAAGUUCCAAGCCCUGCAUUCCAGCUUUGUUUUUUCAGAUCUGCAGGUUUUGAGUGAGGAACAAUGGGGACUAGCUCAUCAAUGUUGACUCAAUACGACAUCGAAGAGGUUCAAGUACACUGCCACAAUUUAUUCACUCAGCAAGAAAUUGUGUCACUAUAUCAAAGAUUUUGCCAGCUAGACCGUAAUGCGAAGGGUUUUAUAUCGGCUGAUGAGUUUAUGUCAGUGCCUGAAAUUGCAAUGAAUCCACUUUCUCAGAGGUUGCUAAAGAUGGUGGAUGGCUUGAACUUUAAGGACUUUGUGGCGUUCUUGUCUGCAUUUAGUGCCAAAGCUAGUGCGUCGCAAAAAAUUGAACUUAUUUUUAAAGUAUAUGAUUCCGAUGGAAAUGGGAAGGUGUCUUUCAAUGACAUAUUACAGGUGCUGGGAGACUUGUCUGGUCCAUUUAUGUCUGAUGAACAAAGAGAGCAAGUGUUGAGCCAACUUUUAAAGGAAGCAGGCUACACAAAGGACUCUUACUUAAUGUUAGAUGACUUCCAUAAGGUUUUCGGAAGUUCCAACAUAAGGAUGGAGGUAGAGGUUCCAGUUGAUUGAGCCAACUCUACACACUCUCCCUUGAAGUUAAAGGUGAACGCUUAUAGUACAUACCCUACUUCACCUUGUGUAGAGUAACUUAAAAUUGAAAUGGAAGCAAAAGCAAAAGCCUGUAUCCUUGCCUUUUCUUUUUGUCAGUCACAAUGUGGAAGAAGCAAGCUGUGUAUGAGAAUAAGCUUUCGAGUUGUCUGUAAAUUUUCUACAAUGUUCUAUUGUUUUGCACUAAAAAUGUGAUUAGGCAUCGAUUCUUAAUAAAUUUUGUUGCUUGU